AAAAAAACCUCUUGUCUGAACGGCAUAUGUCUCAGAGACCCCAAGUUCCUCAUUCUUCUUCUAUAGCCUUCUGUCUCCAUUCCCAUCUCCUAAUCUCCAGUGAGAUCAGUUCCAAUUCCAACUGGUCUCUUUAAAAAACAACAAAAAAAACUCUAACCUUUUUACAAUUUUCUUUAAAAAAUGGGUCUCAAGGGUUUCGCCGAAGGAGGCAUCGCAUCGAUCGUAGCGGGUUGUUCGACCCACCCGCUGGAUCUAAUCAAGGUCCGAAUGCAACUCCAAGGAGAAUCAUCCUCCGUUCCGACAACCCUCCGACCAGCUCUCGCUUUCCAGACAUCCUCCUCCACCCUCCACGCGCCUCCACCACCUCCGCGCGUGGGGAUCAUCACCAUCGGAUCUCGUAUCAUCAGACAAGAAGGCACACGCGCUCUCUUCUCCGGCGUCUCCGCCACCGUUCUCCGACAAACUCUCUACUCAACCACUCGCAUGGGUCUAUACGACAUCUUGAAAACCAAAUGGACCGACCCGGAAACCAAAACCAUCCCUUUAACCCGUAAACUCGCCGCCGGUUUCAUCGCCGGAGGGAUCGGAGCCGCCGUGGGGAACCCGGCGGAUGUCGCCAUGGUGCGCAUGCAAGCCGACGGGCGUCUCCCGGCGGUUGAUCGGAGAAACUACAAGAGCGUUUUGGACGCGAUCGCGCAGAUGGUUCGCGGCGAAGGCGUUACGUCGCUGUGGAGAGGCUCGUCGAUGACGAUCAACAGGGCGAUGCUCGUGACGGCGUCGCAGUUGGCUACGUACGAUUCGGUGAAGGAGACGAUUUUGGAGAAAGGGUUGAUGAGAGACGGGCUCGGGACGCACGUGACGUCGAGCUUCGCCGCGGGGUUUGUGGCUUCGGUUGCGUCGAACCCUGUGGAUGUGAUUAAGACGCGGGUGAUGAAUAUGAAGGUGGAGGCGGGGAAAACGGCGCCGUAUAAGGGUGCGGUUGAUUGUGCGUUGAAGACGGUGAAGGCGGAAGGGAUCAUGGCUUUGUAUAAGGGGUUUUUGCCGACGGUUUCGAGACAGGCACCGUUCACGGUGAUUAUGUUUGUGACACUUGAGCAAGUUAAGAAGGUGUUCAAGGACUUUGACUUUUGA